UAAGGUGCUUGAUUGACUCUAAACAUAUGUGUGAUAGAAUCUUAUCUGAUGGUGGGGUGGUUUGGUUUUUUUUCUCUCCGUAAAAUGUCAGCCGUUUCCUGAGGAGCGUGGUGGUGGUGAAUUUCACACCUUUACUCUCCUCUGUGUGGAAACCUGGGUGUUAAUGGUACUGGAGCAGGUCGUCUUUUACAAGAAAUGAGACUGUCUUUUAAAACAGAGGGAAAGCAAGGAAGGGAGAGGAGGUGAAGGAAAGGAUCCAGGGAGACUGCCACUUGUAGCAGGCAUUAGUUGGAUUAUUUUGUGCUGGUUUUAUUCAGAGCAUUGAAAUUUUGCAUUGCAACACCUGAAGAUGGAAAAUUGGUCGGUUGAUCAAGUCUGCAACUGGUUGAGACAAAGAAAUUUAGGUGAACUAGUUCCUAAGUUUCGGGAAGAAGAAGUAAGUGGAGCAGCUCUUCUGGCUCUUAAUGAUCGUAUGGUGCAGCAGCUGGUGAAGAAGAUUGGGCACCAGGCAGUGCUGAUGGACAUGAUCAAUAAAUAUCAGCAACAAAAAAGUGGUCUAAAAUCCCUUACAUAUGAUUCUGAAACAGCUUCUCAAAAAUUUCCAGAAGUAAUUAGUGGGGUUACUGACAGACAAAUGUUAAAUUCUUCUGGUCCUGUAGAGCAGAAAAAACAUCUGUGCUCAACUGAAAGGGAAGAAGGACUAAUUGAUCACAGAGUGCUAAAGCAAAAAAAGAAUCUGAAAUCAUUUUUUACAAGAUACAAGACGUUGCAGUGGACAAGUUCUUAUGCUUUGCCAGACUUUCCUUAUGAUGUCAAGUGCAUAUUAGCAGAAAAAAAAUGCCCUGAUCACAGUAUGAGAAUAAGAAUCAUUGAAUUUUUACAAGCAGACAUGACAAAAUACCUAGACGGAUCACUGUAUCCAACCAGUCAGCAAUAUAACAUAGUUGUCAAUGCUCUGCUGCAGGCAUAUCCCUUCCUUGAUGAAGAUGGGAAUGGCUUUUUGCUGUGGAAACGGGCCCUUAAGGAUCGUUUCAAGUAUGUGCGGAGACCCAUUGAAGAUGAUGAGCAAGUCCUGAGGAACAAAUGCAAAUUUGGCCACAGGAGAGGACAGACCAGGAAAUGUUCAUUUGCUGAAAACAAACCUGACAAUGUCCAGGUGCAGGUAGAGGAAGAACCAGUUUAUCUUGAAGACAGUGCAAUGGAUGUACACAUUCAGUGGCUUAAGCAAGAAUAUCUGAAAACUCAGAGGAACUGGAAAGAAGUGGAUAACAGAAUGAAUGUGACAAUUGAAAUGCGGAGAAAGAUGAUCAGUGAUAAGGCACCCUUAAAAGACAUUCUUAGACUAUUUCCUUUCUUAAGAUGCCCUUAUCAGCUCUUUAGGGAGUUCCAGCUUCUCACACACAUGGACAUUUAUAAGAAAACAGUUGAGAUUUUGGAGAUUUAUUCAGAAAACAUAUUAUCUUUGUAUGCGGUGAGGAACAAUCCAAUUAACGUUAUGCUGCAAGAAAAUCUGAAGCGUCACACAGAGCAAGACAUUCUGAAAUAUAUGAAAAUGACUGCUGCAUGUCUGCUCCUGCCAGAUGUCUUUGGAGAUGAUUCCAGUCUGUUUGCUGCUGUGAAUGAGGAGGUAAAGGCAGUGACACCAGUAUUGGAAGUAAAAAAUCCUUUCCACGUGAAUUCAUGUGAGUUUGUGCUGUAUGUAGAAAGAGAAGAGCUAGCCCAGCUCCAUGACUGCACCAUGGCCCUGGCAGCACUGGUGGCUGCAUUUCAUGUGUUUGAUAUCCCGUGCCCAAAGAGAAUCCACAGGACACUGAACUUCCUGGAGUCCCUGGUCUUUGAAGUGAGGAGCCCAGCAUCCCUGUUCACCCAGGUAAAGAGAGAACUGGAGGCACCCAACUAUCCCAGUAUCUGAUGGUGUACACAACACCCCUCAGAAGCAUUUGACAAAUUUAUUUUGUCAAAAUAAAUCCCUCUGUUGUGAAGAUAAAUCAGUGCCAUUCUUUCUGGUGAAAAUGUGUGUAUAUUUAUAACAGUUACGUUUAAUAAUGCCUUUUUUUUUUUUUUAAGUUGUACUAGCUGCUUUUUACAACAAUUUAAACCGAAGCAUUUUCAUUACUUUAAAUGGAAAUUCUAGAGCACUCUAGAGGCAUUAGAGAUAAUAAAAUUUUCUAGACUACUGCAUGUGUCAUGGAUUAUUUUUCCAUACGGAGCAUUUGACAAAUUCAGAUAAUAUUUUGACCCUCAGAAUGUUAAAAACCACAUUGUGAGCGAAUGUGAGCACUUCACUGCUUCAGAUGCUAAUACAGUUAAUGUUUUGAAGUGGCACAAAUUAAAGAUUUCCUUUUUACCAUCAUUUCAUUAUACUAUCAUCACUAAAAGCCUACUAUAAUAAUUUUUGUAUUUUAAAAUGGUGGGCCUGAUUUUUAGUUUGCAGGAAGAUAAAUUUCUAGUAUUCUCUCCAUGCAUAACACCUUUUUAUUUUUACAUUGCUCCUGAAUUUGCUAAAUAAGGUUUCUAAGAUGAGUUCUCAAAGUAGCAAGAAUGACUUACCUGGGAUGCUGCCAUGUGUGUUUGUAACCACAGCUUUGGCGCCAGGGAGAGAAUGCCUCAUUUUCCUGAAUUUGUUCCCCAGAACAAAUUGGCCUUCUCCACAUGGCGACUAUGUCUGCCCCCACAGAGCGGAGGCCCUCUCUUCUAUUCUUCCACAGCCUCCUUUUCUCCCUUACACACUCCUCCUAACUCCUGCAUGUCUGGAAAUCCCAGGGACUACUGCCUGACAGUGCAUGGCUUUUGGACAAACACCUAGUGAUGGACAGUAGCAACAGCCCAAACACAACUCAUUGCAUGGAAUUAGAAAUCAAAAUGGAUUUUUAUUAAAACAUUGCAUUCUACCAGAGAUCAACCUCCUACCCGUUCUAAAAAUGCCUGUGCGGGCAAUGCAGUGUUUGUGGUCACCACCAUUCUUUAAACACUCAAACACACAGCCUGGAAGACCACAGCUGUCUUGUUAAAGCUCAGCUGUGCAGCCGUGACUCCAAUGCAGAGACUAUGC